AUGUCCGUCUUUGGAAACAAGCGCUUCACUCCCUCCGCCGAAGCCCACGCCUUCGGCUCCCGCUACCGUGCCCAGCUCUCCAAGCAUCCCUUCCUCCUCUUCGGCCUGCCCUUCCUCGCCGUCAUGGUUGCCGGAUCAUUCGUCUUGACGCCGGCCACCGCCAUCCGCUACGAGAAGUACGACCGGAAAGUGCGCCAAGUGACAAAAGAGGAAGAGCUGGGCCUGCGCAGGAACGCGAGGAGAGUGAACAUGAAGGACGAGUAUUACCGUCUUGCGGCCAAGGACUUGGACAAUUGGGAACAGAAGCGGGUUAAGAGACUCCCUGGCGAACAUGACGGCAUUAUCGAGUAA